CAGAUGCUGGCUAUGAGUUCGACAUCUGCUUCACCUCCGUGCAGAAGCGAGCCAUCCGCACGCUCUGGACGGUGCUGGACGCCAUCGACCAGAUGUGGCUGCCCGUCGUGAGGACGUGGCGCCUCAAUGAGCGCCACUACGGGGGGCUGACGGGCCUCAACAAGGCCGAGACCGCCGCCAAGCACGGGGAGGCGCAGGUGAAGAUCUGGAGGCGUUCCUACGACGUGCCGCCGCCGCCCAUGGAGCCCGACCACCCCUUCUACGGCAACAUCAGCAAGGACCGCAGGUACGCGGACCUCACUGAAGACCAGCUGCCCUCCUGUGAGAGUCUGAAGGACACCAUUGCCAGGGCGCUGCCCUUUUGGAACGAGGAGAUCGUUCCCCAGAUCAAGGAGGGCAAGCGGGUGCUGAUCGCGGCCCACGGCAACAGCCUCCGGGGCAUCGUCAAGCACCUGGAAGGUCUCUCUGAAGAGGCGAUCAUGGAGCUGAACCUGCCGACCGGGAUCCCCAUCGUCUACGAGUUGGACAAGAACCUGAAGCCCAUCAAGCCCAUGCAGUUCCUGGGGGACGAGGAGACCGUGCGCAAAGCCAUGGAAGCCGUGGCUGCCCAGGGCAAGGUCAAGAAGUGAGGGCCCGCGGGCGACGACCACCCUGACAUCUCCCUCCCCUCUCCCCCCCCCACGACCACGUCUGUUGGGUCCUGAGCUGUAGCUGCAGAUGGAACCGGUGGCUCCCACUGUCCCGUUAGCCGUUGGCCUCCUGCACCCACUCCCUUCAAACGGUCUAGUUGGAACCGCACCUCCGGGCCCGCCUCUCGGUCCUGGCCGAGGGAAGCUCCUCCUGGCCACGCAUGCACGGCAGCCCCUGUCUUCUGGGGACCCGCUUGAGUCGGGGAGAGGGAGGAGCCAUGCCGAGGCAGGGCCAGUGAGGAGAGAGAGCCUCUGCCCCCAGGAGCCAGGCCUGUCCUCUCUCAGGGCACCGGCUGGGGCUGCAGGCAUUCCAGUGCAGAAGAGUGUCACCUGCACAGCGGUUCAGAAGCAACCCUUUCCUCCCUGGCCCUAGAAGGUUGGGAUCAAUCCUGAAGCAGGUCUAUGUGUUGCAUUUACUUUUACAGAAAAUAAGUAUAAAUAGUACAAAACAAAACCCUUCUGGGGCUUCUAGUGGCGCCCAGAACAAGCCAUUCCUUGCACCAACACGGGUCCAGCUCCUUGGCCCUGAGGGGUCAAACUGUCCGCUGUGUGUCCAGUCCCUCCUCGGCCGGCGAGAGGCCUCAUCACGUCCAGGUGUGUCUGUCACCGACUGGCUUCUGAAUCAUGUGCUAGUUGCUUGCCCCGCCUCGGGCCGUGUUCAUUCUGAGCAUAACUGUACUAUGUCUUUGCAGAUCAGUAUAAUAAAGGAGUGAUGUGCAAUA